AUGAGUCUCUUGACAAGUCGUCAAGCUGAAGAGCUGCACAAGUCCAUGAUUGCCUAUCUGGCGGCCUGUAACCUAACCGCAAUGGCAGCCGCUCUCAGGACAGAGUUGAACCUUGAAGAAGAGCAGCUCGACGCAGCAACGGUCAAGAAGUAUGAGGGCCUGUUGGGGAAAAAAUGGACUAGCGCUGUGCGGUUACAGAAGAAGUCAUUAUCUCUGACCUCUGUGUUAUCUUGGAUCAUGGACCUCGAGUCCCGAAAUGCGGCACUACAAAUCGAGCUCGACAACGCGAUGCCUAGCUCACUGUCGACGCGGAAUAAAGAUCCCUCGUCUUGGCUACCCAAAGGCCCCCCUCGAUAUACUCUUGAAUCACACCGAAACACCAUUAACUGCAUCGCUUUCCAUCCAAUCUUCUCAUCAGUCGCUACCGGCUCUGAUGAUUAUACAAUGGAGAUAUGGGACUGGGAAGUUGGUGAGCUUGAAAGGACUAUCAAAGGUCACACUAGAGCAGUUCUGGAUCUUGAUUACGGCGGUCUGAGAGGCAAUAAUCUUCUGGCGUACUGUAGUUCGGAUCUUACCCUCAAGUUGUGGGAUCCGGCUGACGAUUACAAGAACAUCCGGACUUUUCCAGGCCAUGAUCACAGCGUCAGUGCUGUGCGCUUUAUACCGGCGUCUGCGAACUUGCUUGUUAGUACAAAUAGAGACAAGACUCUGAGGAUAAGGGAUGUCAGUACUGGGUAUUGUGUGAGAACCCUUAAUGGGCAUACCGCCUGGGUCGGAGAUGUAUUCCCAUCUCCUGACGGCCGCUUUCUCCUGUCUGCUGGGGAUGACAUGACAGCCCGGUUAUGGGACCUAUCGGUCACCACCAAUACUGGAAGCAAACUAACCAUGUUUGGUCACGAGCACUAUAUCGAAUGCUGCGCUCUUGUCCCUGCCUCUGCAUACCAGUACCUUGCCCCAGUGGCAGGGCUGAAAAGGCCUCCACAGGCCAGUAGCUUAGCAGAGUUCAUGGCCACUGGCUCCCGGGACAAGACUAUCCGUGUGUGGGACGCGCGUGGCACUUGUCUUAUGACCCUGGUCGGCCACGACAACUGGGUUCGCGUCCUUGUCUUCCACCCAGGCGGCAAGUACCUUUUAUCAGUAGCGGAUGAUAAGACACUACGGUGCUGGGACCUCAGCCAGGACGGACGGUGUGUCAGGGUAGUUGGUGAGCCGCACCAGCGCUUCAUCACCUCACUGCAGUGGGCACCGAGCAUCGUGCAGAAUGUAGCGACUGUGGAAACCAUCACUGGCGGAACCGCACGAGUGAAGCCCCAGGGUGUACAGAUUCGCUGCGUGAUUGCCAUCGGUGGCGUGGACUGGAAGUUACGGAUCUUUUCCAGCUGA